AUGAGUUAUAGUUCAGCUUCAUUUAGAAAACUUAAUAAUGUUGGGAUAUCUCAACCAUCACAAACAGUAUCGGCGAAUCAACCACAACAUCAUCAACAACUGCAUCAGCAACAGCAGCAGCAACAGCAACAACAGCCUUUACAACAACUGCAACAAUCCUUACAUAUGAAAUCAAAUCCUCAUAUCCCACAUCAUCAAUUACCAGGAACUGUUGGUACCAGGACUUCAAUCCCUCAACCAGCAUUAAUGGCACUGAAUUCAAUUUUGACUUUGGGUCCAUUUAAACAUCGGAAAGAUUUAACACGAGAGUCGGUCCUAUCGACCUAUCAAAUUAUGGGAUAUAUUGCUGCUGGAACUUAUGGGAAAGUCUAUAAGGCGAAAUUGAAGAGUAAUAAACUAAAUAAACCUGAUGAUGAAAGUGGUGGUGAUGGUUUUAAUAAUAACAAAGAUAUUCUUUCAGAAUCAAUGAAUGAACUUCAUCAUGAUAAUAAUUCCAAUAUUGGUGUCAAUACCACCAAUACUACUACUGCCACCACUACUAUUAUUAAUAAUACGCUUCCUCUUCCACAAUUUUUUGCCAUCAAAAAAUUCAAAAGUGAUAAUCAUCAUCAUAUAAAUAAUAACAACAAUGGAGCCAAUCAUUUAUCCAAGGGCAACAAUAGUAUUCAUCAAGAUGAAGUUUUACAUUAUACCGGGAUUUCUCAAUCGGCUAUUAGAGAAAUGUCAUUAUGUCGGGAAUUAAAUAAUAAGAAUAUCACUAAAUUGGUAGAUAUUAUAUUAGAAAAUAAAUCGAUUUAUAUGGUUUUUGAAUUUUGUGAACAUGAUUUAUUACAAAUUAUUCAUUAUCAACUGCAUCCAGAAUUUAAACCAAUUCCUUGUCCAACAAUUAAAUCAUUAAUUUGGCAAAUUUUGAAUGGAGUUACAUUUUUACAUAAAAAUUGGAUUCUUCAUCGAGAUUUAAAACCAGCUAAUAUAAUGGUAUCAUCUCAAGGAGUUGUUAAAAUUGGAGAUUUAGGAUUAGCAAGAAAAUUUAAAAGUCCUUUACAAAGUUUAUAUACUGGAGAUAAAGUUGUUGUGACUAUAUGGUAUCGAGCUCCAGAAUUAUUAUUGGGUACAAGACAUUAUACUCCAGCAGUUGAUUUAUGGGCUGUUGGAUGUAUAUUAGCAGAAUUGUUAUCUUUACGACCGAUAUUUAAAGGUGAAGAAGCCAAAAUUGAUUUAAAUAAUAAGAAAUCAGUACCAUUUCAAAAAAAUCAAUUACAAAAAAUUAUAGAAAUUUUGGGGAUUCCAACAACUGAUAUUUGGACAAAUUUGAAUAAAUAUCCUGAAUAUUUGUCUUUUACUCAACAUUUUAAUCAAAGUUAUCCUAAUAAUUUAUCUAAUUGGUUUAAAUUGAUCAAUGGUGGUAAUAAUCAAAAUUCAGAAAAAUGUCUUGAAUUAUUGUCAGGAUUAUUGAAGUAUGAUCCUGAAUUAAGAUUAACUGCAGAUCAAGCAUUACUACAUCCUUAUUUUUUGGAAUUACCUAAAGUCAAUGAGAAUGCUUUUGAAGGUUUAAAUUAUAAAUAUCCCAACAGAAAGAUUUAUACUGAUGACAAUGAUAUAAUGACCACUGCUGCAAAUAUUAAUAACAAUAGUACUAAUAAUAGUGGCCAUCAGCAUCAGCAUCAUCACCAUUCACAACAAUUGCCGCAACAACAACAACAACAACAACAACAACAACAACAACAGCAAAAUGUUCAAAUCCAACAAGUUCAUCAAAUGCAACAACAAAUACAUCUGCAACAACUACAACUGCAUGGUGCAAAUAAUACAUAUAAGAGGAGUGGUAUUGAUGAUUUACCUGGUGGGGCUAGAAAGAAACGUGGGUAG